AUGGAGCAGCUGCCGGACGAGCUGUGCCUGCAUAUCCUGCGAUAUGUCAGCCUGGAGGAUCUUACGCUCCGAUGCUCGGCCACAUCGAGAGCCUUGCGCAGGAUCUCUGACGAUGCCGAUCUCUGGCACCACCAUCUGGAUCGAUACCAUCCGAGAUGGAGGGACGCCUUGCAGCGCAUGGGCGUGGACGCGACGGUGACGCCCCUCCGCGAGUGCGUGCGUUGUCUGACGGAGGCUCACGACCCUGAUGGCAAGUCGGGCUGCUGCAGGCACGAUCUGACCAAGGGCGCCGCAUGCACAUGCUGCACCUGUCGGCGUCAUCAUCGUCCCGGUCAAAGGUGGCAGUGGGGCGUACUGAGUAGCCUCGUGAACGACAUCGACGAUGACAUGAGGCAGAUGAUCGCGGCUGCGUACGACGCCAACGCCGCCACAUCCCUUCAGCUCAUUGGAGACGACGACGACGAUGAACGACGACGACAACGACGACGACGACGACUAAAACGACGACGGGGACAACGACGACGAUACGGCGGCGGCGGCGGCGGCGGCGACGACGACGACGACUGCGACAGGCGCAGAGAGCUGAUCACAGAGCUCGAAAGGAUGGGCAUCUUGGAGCUGCGCAAUAAGGACGGUAGGCUGGAAAGCGUGAGGUGGACCGAGGCCGCGCAUCGCGAUCUGAGACCGCCACUUCAACGUGGUUUGGUGUGCUACACCGAUGCUGAGCUACAUGCGAAUUUGAUGCGGCAUCAUCCGGAGCUAUGCGACGACACCGCCCCGUCGACCGGCUCCACGGCGCCCUCGACUUCGCUCUUUGGCGCCACCACCUCGACCUACACCUCGAGGUCUUCGCUCUUUGGCGGCGGCGGCACCUCGUCCCUGUUUGGCGGCGCUGGCACCGGCGCCGCGACCGCUUCGACUUCGCUCUUUGGCGCCACCACGCCCUCCAAGGGCGGCGGCCUCUUUGGCGCCCCGGCCGCAUCAACCGGCACCAUCGGCGGCGGCCUCUUUGGCGGCUCUUCGCGCUUUGGCUCCACUCCGUCCACUCCCUCGGCCACCACCAGCGGCGGCUUCCCCUCGCUCGGCGGCUUCAGCGCUGGCACCACCUCGACCUUCAGCGCCCCGGCCGCCUCGACCGGCUCUUCGCGCUUUGGCCCCACUCCGUCCACUCCCUCGGCCACCACCAGCAGCAGCUUCCCCUCGCUCGGCGGCUUCAGCGCUGGCACCACCUCGACCGGCUCUUCGCGCUUUGGCCCCACCCCCGCCCCGGCCACCUCGACAGGCUCUUCGCGCUUUGGCCCCGCCCCGUCCACUCCCUCGGCCACCAGCGGCGGCUUCCCCUCACUCGGCGGCUUCAGCGCUGGCACCACCUCGGCCUUCAGCGCCCCGGCCGCCUCGACCAGCUCUUCGCGCUUUGGCCCCACUCCGUCCACUCCCUCGGCCACCACCAGCGGCGGCUUCCCCUCACUCGGCGGCUUCGGCGCUGGCACCACCUCGACCGCGAGCCCACUGGCCUCGGCCUCGGCCCCCAAUGAGUGA